GUAGUGUGGAAGAGAUGCCAUACAACAACUAACGUAGACCUGCAUGCUCGAGCCGAGGCCAUUGAAAAUAAGUAAAAUGGCGCGAGCUCGGUUUCCUGGCAGACCUGGCCAAAGAGUUGGCCGAAACUAUGUUAAUUAUUUCACAGAUGAAACGAAAUUUCAUUUAGACUUGACAUCCAUUACUAGCAUUAUGCCUAUUUCAGAAAACAUCAAGAAAGGCUUACAACACUUCUACGAACAGUUUGGAACGUCGGGUGAAGAAGAUGAAUUUGAAGGAUUUAAUUUUGAAGAGCAAAGGCGAGCUGAGCUUAGAAAAAAGAUGAAAAAGAAAAAAGAAAUGGCAAUUAUUACUCGACCAGGUAUUCAAGGCAAUUAUUUUCAGUUGCGAAAGAAACCUAGACAAGUGUCUGGGUCAUCUUGCUCUUCCUCUGAAACUUCAGAUUCUUCAAGAGGACGUUUAGGUAUGAGACACUUAGCAAGGAAAUCUUAUGAUAAAAUGAUAAAGGAAGGCUUAUGCAUAUCUUAUGACAUGUUAGGAGCAACUGUAGAUCAUGAUAAAAAGACACAGUGUGAAUCCUUGGUUUGUAAUACAAAAUUGUUUUCAACUGAUGACAGCAAAAAUAUAUAUGAGAUUUCUUCUCAAAAAAGCAGAGCUGAAAAAACAUUAAUAUGUGAAAUAGAAUCAUUACCUAUUACAAAACCCCAUAGAAGACAUUCUAGUAAAACAUUGGCAAAGAGGCUAUUAGAUCGAGCCAAAAAAGGUCAGUCCUUAAGUGAAAAAUGUGUUUUAUCAAAAUCAUGUAAUACUGUGCUACGGUGUUUAAGAGAUCAAACAAUAAGAAAACGUCAUUCUGCUUCUAGGAAGCUGAGUGCUACAAAACAACAGAAAGAAAAGUCUGAAGCAAGAAUGCAGAAAUACAAUCAUCCUAUUACAUUAGAAAAGAAACGUGGACGUAAGAAGUCUUCAGAAAAUCUUUAUAAACAAGAGAGGUUAUCAGUCUCUCCUGUUUUAGAUUACCCUGCAUCCUAUAAGAAGAAAACAUUUACAAUUCCAUCAGUUAGUGCUAACUCUGCUAGAAAAAUUAUUCCAAGAAAGAGAUUUUUAGAUGAAUUUGAUUCACCAGUACAGUAUUCAGUAAAUAAAAAACCAAGAUUUCAGAGCAAAAACUUAUCAACCACACAUAUGUCUUAUCCUUAUGUUUCAAGUAAGAAAGUACUAGAUGAAAUUGAUGAUUCAAAGAAGAUAGGUUUGCUUGAUCAGCCAUUGGUGCUAGAAGGAAAAAGACCUUGGAAACCCAGUCUAAAAGUUCAGAUGAAGCUCUCUGAGAUGAGCUAUGAUUCUCCUUUUGGAUUAAAAAAAUCAGAAGGAGACAGUUCUGGUACCUCUUCAGGUUCGUUUAAAGAUUUGAUAAAGCGAGACAUGGUCAGUAAGUAUGCAGAUAUUAUGGCAAAAAAAACGAGAGAAAGGGCUAAGUCGUGUGGUCGUCAGGAUGGUUAUAAGAAACUUUCAAAAGAGAAACCAAAAAAACAAAUGAAAUCCAAAUCUAAUAUACCAACAACAAAAGAAUGUGAUGUCAAUAAAGUUAAAAAGGUUGAAGAAAAUAGACUAGAAGAUAAAGUUGCAGCCAAAAUUGAAAAGAUAUUGAAAUCCCAGUGGGAAGGAAGAUUGCAUCAGUCUUCUGAUGGAAUCUCAGGUGAAUUAAACACUAAUACUAUUUUGUCAUCAAAGCAUACAUCAUCUAACUUGAUUAUUGGUUCAGCUGAACAGCAAAAAAUUUCUUCACAAGAGACAACUAAAGGAAUAUUAAGAAAAGCUCGUUUACAACUUAACAAGAGGACAUUAAUGAAGUUGAGACAACCAGCUAGUAUUAAGAAACUAAGUGAACAGUUUCAGAGAGAGAGUGAUGAAAUUCCAAGACUUUCUUCCAGUAAGAUUGUACCGAUACCUUUAUCUCCUGUAGAAGUGAUAAACAAAAUCAAAACAUCAGAAACAGGUCAUAGAAUUAUUACUGUACCUGUGAUGUCCACUAAACUUCAACCAAAGGUGGAAACUUUGAAAUCAUUUUCACCAGAUUCAUCAGUGUCACAUGUUGCAUCCAAUGCAGAAUUACUUCAUUCUACAGUGAACCGUGAUGCUUCUUUUCUUGUACAGUCUUCAAGGUCGGAAUCUUCCAAAACCUUUGUAAAUGACUCCAUGCAGCAUAACACAUUGAUUCCUAGUGGGGUUCCUCUCUUACCACAAGCAUCUCACACAUCUGAAGAGCCACCUAAGCUUGUAAAGAACAAUCAUUCUACUGGAACGAAGUCCCAAGGAAACAUCCAGUUUGGUCAACCAGGAACUAUAACUUGUGCAAUUUGUGGACAUGUUAAAUUCUACUCUCGUGUUCAGAGAAGAUUUAAACAGUUCAGCUGUGAAUCUUGUAGCAAGUUCUUCUCUCACUUUAUUAGGAGGCCAAAACAGCUGUAUUGUUCUAAAAAAGGCUGUUGUCCAGUUCUUCCUCGUUCUGAGUUGCCUCCAGGACUUACAGUUGCUCUCCAGGCAAAAAUACGUGCUCUAGAGCAACGAUGUAAAGCUUGUUGGUUGAAGGUUUGUUACCAAAAGUUCUUUGUCACACCAAGCGUUCGAGAAAUUGUCUUACAGUUUACACCAAGGAUUGAAAGCACUGAAGAGCCAAUGCUAACUGGAACAGGGAAUUUAGUGAAGUUUAAGGAUCCUGUUGUGGGUUUGUCUGUGAGGGCUAAGAGACAGAAGUUAAAAAGGAUCAGAGAAGAGAAAAUCAAGAAAAUUAAGCAGGCUCAGGGACUGGAUAACAUUUCUGUUUUAAAAGUGAAGAAAAAUAAUAAUAUAAAGUCUAAUAAAACUGAUUCCAAAGGAAAUUGUCGAAGCCUAAAACCCUCAAAGAAGUUAAAAAAUAAGACUGGAAAACAGCAGAAGCUUCACGAGGAUGGAAUAUCAACACAGCUGGGACAGAAAAAAACAUCUAACAAGCUUAUGGAGAAAAGACAAAAAGGAAAUAAAUUAAAAGCAAAGAAACCUGAAAUAAAAAAUUCUUUGGACACUACUGCAAAUAAACCAUAUAUUGAUAAAUAUCUAGAUACUUUUGAAACUCCAGGUUCAAGUAAAUUGACUGACAGUUUUUGUAAAUCAGAACUUUGUGUUCCUCCUGUACUUGAAGAAGACUACAUUUCUAAGCAGGAAGAAGAAGAUACAAUCUCUGAGAAGAAUGAAAUUAUUAGUGGUCAGUCUGGCAGUAAAGUGUCUCUUCAAGAAAUUCCUGUGUUUGAAGAAGAAAAUCCUGAUUCUCAGGCAAUAGUGGUACGUAAAGGACCAAGAAUCAAACAUGUCUGUCGAAGGGCAGCAGUAGUAUUAGGUUUGAAGCGAGCAAAAUUUCCAGUGCGCAAAGAGAAGAAGCGAUUCAGUCUGAGUGCCUUGCCUGUUGAAGAGAAAGAAAAAAUCUUGGAAACUGAGUCAGGACAGAGUACUUCUGACCAUAAUGGCACAGGUCCUCCAGAAUUGAACAAACACUCACCAAGUAGAACAGAAAAAGAUAAUGUAGAAGGAAUGACUAAAGAAAAGGCUAAACCUGAGAAUAAGGUACCCUUACCAUCCAAGAAGCUUUCAACAGUGCCCUGUAAAAAAACACCUAAGGUAUCUGCCAAAAAGGUUCAGCAAGGUGGGAUGAGGAAAGUUCGCUGUAGAGAAUGUCAAGGCUGUCUUGCAGAAGACUGUGGGAAAUGUGUUUACUGUCUAGACAAGAAGAAAUUUGGUGGACCAAAUGUUAUCAAACAAGCCUGCAAGUAUCGUCGCUGCUUGAGACCCCAAAUGCCUGCUUUUAGCAAGAAGGUAGUUGAACGUCCACCACCAAAAGGUGAGGGUGAUGACCAUAUGGGUGGGUUUGGAGGAAGUGGUUCAUCAGGAGUUGGUACAGCUAUGUCUCCUUCUUCUAGUUCUCCUUCAUCCACUCACAGUGGAAAUAACAACAGUGGAAGUAGUAGUAGCAGCAGCAGUAGUAGUAGUAGCAGUAGUGGACGUUGUGGCUCAGGGUGUGGUUCAGCAGGGACUUCAUCUAGUACCAGUGGCUGUGAUAAUGGAAAGGAAUGCUAUGGUUCUACAUCUUUGGAUCCCCAAGUGAAAGAAAACAAUUCCUUUGUACACUGUACUUGUGAAACUGUUUCCUGUGGUAGUGGUACAUGGUCAGCCCUUGAUCCAUCUCUGGGCUCUUGUAGUGUAGUAGCUUCACCUUUUCUUGAGGACAAGGUCAAUAAUAAUGAAAAUAUCCAUAAUCAUUCAGAUUGCAGUCACAAAACAGUUUGUUCACAAGUUUUUCCGAAUUCAGUAGUCCCACUUUCCAGAAUAACACCUUCUCAGUCAGCCCACUCAGUUUGUACUAAGGCCAGAACAUCUUCGACUUGGGACAUAACAAGACCACAGAAGACGUAUGAAAUCAAAAGACAACCAUAUCGAAAACCUUGCCUUAUCUAUGCAGAUUAUUGGGAAGAUUAUGAUCCUCAACACAUUUGGAAUGAAGGAUUUGCCCUGAUUGGUUCUCAGGUGUUUCCAGUCAGAAACACAUGUUAUCUAUGUGGCAGUGCUGGAGUGAAAGAGUUUAUCUAUUGUAGUAAUUGCUGUGAACCAUUUCAUCAAUUUUGUCUUGAUGAAUGUGAUGUUCCCCAAGCAGAAAAUGUUCUCACUUGGUGUUGUAAGCGCUGUCAAAGAUGUUUAGCUUGUGGACGACAAAAAAAUCUUUUAAAAUGUAGCAAAUGUCACAAUACAUACCACUCAGAAUGCUUGGAAUUGAAUUAUCCAUCAAAACCCUCUAGGAAAAAAAAGAUCUGGAUGUGCCCUAAGUGUGUGAAAUGUAGAAGCUGUGGCACCACCACUCCAACUCUAACAAAGCUUGGAGUAUUGUGGAACUUUGACUGCUCACUUUGUCUGGAUUGUACAAAGUUAAUGGAAAAAGGCAACUUCUGUCCUAUUUGCAAGAAGUGUUAUGAAGAUGAUGAUUUUUUGUUAAUGAUGGUGCAGUGUUCAAAGUGCAAGAAUUGGGUUCAUGCCAAAUGUGAAAAUAUCACAGAUGAGAUGUAUCAAAUGAUGUCUUAUCUGCCAGGAGGAGUAGCAUAUACCUGCAAGUGUUGUGCCCCUCAGAGACCCCCACAGUGGCUUACAGCCAUUAAAAUGAAAUUGCAGACUGGUCUGAAAUCUGUAUUAGUCAGUUUGCUUCAAGCAAGAAGUGCCAGGCAUCUUAAAAAUAAAAAGAAACACAAGACCAAAGGAAGAACAGGGACAGAAGGCAAUGCUAAGAAUAACCAGAACUCUACUGAUCCUGGGGGUGGCCAACAAAGAAUUGAGUCAGAGUCUGCUAAGACUGUUGUGGAAAGUGAAAAGGCAUCUACUUUAACUGGAAAUUCUAAACCAGUAAAUACAUCUCAAGAAUUUUCACAGAUAUUGCACAACAGAAGUGAUGGACAGUUACACUCAGGUACAAACACAGUUUGUUCACAGAGCUGCCUCUCAGGACAUAGCAAGGCUAUGGACCAUCCUGGUGAAAUGCUAGUCAACCAUAGUCCUGGUGACAUACAUUCAGUGAGUAGUGAAUCUCAAACUCAUGCUUCUAAAGACUCAAAUUGUUUCUCUUCCAAAAGUGCCUGUUUGCUUUUGUCUGACCUCACGUCCUUCAGUGCUGAAAAUAAUACAAAGGAUGAUAUUAAAACUGAAUCUUUAGUAGAUGAACUGGCUCUGCAGGUUGAUCAAGAGCUGAAAGGGUACUGUGAUGGCCUGGCUAUCUUGAGCUAUGCUGCAACAGAAUGUAGCAAUAAAAACACAGACUGUGAUAUUGGGGCUGAGAAGAACAAGUUUUGUGAUAUGGGAGAAGACUUUCAUGACCUGGAAGUCCUUGAUGCUAACUUUGAUGGAGCUUCUACAGAAGAUUUACUCCUAAGUGAUGGUGAAUUAGAAGAGAGUUUGUUGCUUCCAAACAAUGUCAAUUUUGAAGAUUUUGAUUUUUCAUCAGUUGGUGCUAACUUCACUGGUGAUAAAAGUGAGAUUAUUUUUGGUUCUGGUGGCUUAAGUCAAGUUCAGGAUGCUGACAAUUGUCCUGAGAUUUCAGUUACAGCACAAGUAGAAAACAAAUCCUUUCCUACACAUCUAGAGGUUAAUGUUGAUAGAGAAGUUUGGGAGGAGGAACAAAUGCCUUUGAGUCUUCCGCCAUUAACCUCUGAAUCAAUAAUUCAGCAUUCUAGAGUGCCUGUGUGUGAAAAUGAAGGAAGUAAAUCAUUCAUAAAUAACUCAACCAAAGAUGUCAACGAAAGUGACAAAUUAGCUCUUGUAACAUUUAUUGGGAGUCAGCCAAAAGAUUUGACUUCAAUAAAAAUCAAGUUAGAAAGUGGGGGCUACCAGACUGUUCAAGAAUUCUGUGAUGAUAUAAUUAGAGUGUUCCAAGCGUGCAACAGUAGAAGCCAUCAAAAAAUCUUCGAAGUAAGAAAUCUCUUUGCAAAGCAAAUGGAGAAGGUAUUUCCAUGGUUCAAGAUACAAAUGUUUAAGCUUUGGGGUGUACAUAGUGCACCUGAAGUACCUGAAGGAGUACUUCCUGAAGCUGUUGUUCCACCACAUCUUGAUCAUAUGUAUGCUCAGUAUCUUAGUCGAGCAGUCAGAGAACCAUUGAUCCAACCAGGAAAGCUGAGAAAACUAAAAGGUGGAGAUCAAAAAGAAAUGGGGCCAUCUUGUGAUCCUCGCAAGUGUGUCCUUUGUUCACAAUAUGGAGAUGCUGAACCUGCUGAAUCUGGACGACUAAUAUAUUGUGGCCAAGAUGAUUGGGUUCACAUCAACUGUGCUCUUUGGUCAGCUGAAGUAUUUGAAGAAGUUGAUGGAUCCCUUCAGAAUGUGCAUGCUGCCAUUUCACGAAGUCGUUUGUUGCGAUGUGAUGUGUGCAGUAUUGCUGGUGCUACAGUAGGGUGUUGUAUUCGUGGGUGUCCAGCAAACUAUCAUUUCAUGUGUGCCAGAAACUUGGGAGCAGUGUUUCAAGUGGAUAAGAAGGUAUAUUGUACAGAACAUGCUGACUGUGUGGAUCAAGAGGUUGUUAAAGAUGAUGGAUUUUUGUUGGAUCGAUGUAUUUAUGUUGACCAAGAUGGGAUUGCACCUAAGUGGGUUAGGAAGUCUUGGCAGAAUGGAGUAGAUUCAAGAAGCUUAACUGUCUUAAUAGGAUGUAUGACAGUAGAAAAGAUCGGGUAUCUUACCUCAGCAUCCGAUUGGAAACAAGCUCUUAUUCCUGCAGGCUAUUGUUGCACAAGAGUGUUUUGGAGUACUAAGAAUCCCCAACAAAGAGUUGUUUAUACCUGUCGUACUUAUGAAGUUUGGCCCGAGAAGUCAUCAGUUGAAAAAGACAUUGAGGAACAUCAAACAAUAGCUCACAAUAUGGAAGAUGAAUUUCUUUGUUCCACUGAACUUUCAGAUUCUGUAUCACUGAAAACAGACAUGAAAAAUCUUAGUCAAGAAGUGGUUUCUGCUUGCAGGGAUAAGUUUCAACAUCUCCAGGAUUUCACAGAUUCUGAGAAAUCUUUUGAAAUAUCUCAAACCAGAGAAAUGCAUAACUUAUCAAGAGACAUUCCAGAAUUGUCCAACCUUAAUAAACAUUCUGUCCAUAAAAAUGUGAACAGAGUACAUUACUGUGAUACUGACACUCCAGAGGUUGCAGAUAAAUCCAGAACAAAUGUCACUAACCAAUCCAUAAAUGCAGCUUUUGAAAAGAAUUUAUCAAACUUCUUGCCUUGCAAAAGAAAGUCAUCUCUUGAAUUUGAACCUAAAGAAAUAAAUUUGCAUAAUGAAUUAGCUAAGAUAAACUUAGAUGAUCAAAAAGCUUAUGCCUCAGACAUUGAAAAAAUAUUCAAGUUAUCAGACCAACAUCAGAAAAGAGAUUCUGUGAUAAUUCAGUCAAAGACACAGAAGAGUAUAAACAAGUCUGAUAAUUCUGUCACAGAUAAUAGAAAUGACAGUAAUAUAGCAACGAGCUUAGCUUUAAGAAAAACUCAAGUGACAUGUGACAAUAAUUUAGGUUUUAAAAAUUCUGUUAAUGAGCUUACAAACAGAGAGAAAGCACAAUCAUUAAAUAAUUCUUCUGAAGUUCAAAAAAAGGAAGCAACAUAUCAAGAAAUAAGGAAUCCUUUAAAACCAGAGUCUUUAGAAUUUAAUACAGAUGCAAAUAUUAAUACUGAAACUUGUGACUCAUCUUUUACAAGUGCUAGUUCAAAUGCUUGCAACAAAAUUACAAAUUUCAGCCCAUACAAUGGUGACAGCUUGGAAAAAGCCAAUAAUUUCACUUUUGGCUUGGUGAGGAAUUUUAAUAUUUCUUGUGAUAAAGAUAUGGGUGCUUGUUCUUCUGUUUGUGACACACUGCAAAAUGUUAGAUCUGUUUCUUGCAAUACAAAAGCAGAUGUUAGAACUGCUCUUGUAGACUUAGAAAAAGUAAGUGAAAAAUCUUGUGACACAGUGACUGAAAUCAGUACUAAUUUUGACACAGUUACAAAAGUCAAAGCUGCUGGUACUUAUGCAGUUAAAAAUGUCAGUGAUGUUAUUCCAGGCACAGCAGCAGAGGUCAGUGCAACUAUUCCUAACACAAGUACAAAAGUCACUGGUACUGUUAUUAACACAAUUACAAAAGCUAGCACUCCAGUUGACGACACAAUUACCAAAGCUAGCACUUCUGUUCACGACACAAUUACCAAAGCUAGCAUUUCUGUUCAUGACACAAUUACCAAAGCUAGCACUUCAGUUGACGACAAAAUUACGAAAGCUAGCACUUCUGUUCACGACACAGUUACCAAAGCUAGCACUUCAGUUGACGACAAAAUUACGAAAGCUAGCACUUCUGUUCACGACACAGUUACUAAAGCUAGCACGUCUGUUCACGACACAGUUACUAAAGCUAGCACGUCUGUUCACGACACAAUUACCAAAGCUAGCACUUCUGUUCACGACAUAGUUACCAAAGCUAGCACUUCUGUUCACGACACAAUUACCAAAGCUAGCACUUCUGUUCACGACACAAUUACCAAAGCUAGCACUUCUGUUCACGACACAAUUACCAAAGCUAGCACUUCUGUUCACGACACAAUUACCAAAGCUGGCACUUCUGUUCACGACACAACUACAAAAGCUAGCGCUUCUAUUGAUGACACAAUUACAAAAGCUAGCACUUCUGUUGACGACACAAUUACAAAAGUUAGCACUUCUGUUGACGACACAAUUACAAAAGUUAGCACUUCUGUUCAUGACACAAUUACAAAGGUCAGUACUGCUGAUCCUGGCACAGCUACAAAGGUUAGCAUUUCUGUUUCUAGCACAGCUAAGAAAGUCAAUGCUGCUGUUACUGGUAUAGUUGAAGAGAUGAGUAGUAUCUCCUGUGACACAGUCAAUAAAGUUAGUGAUAUAUCUUUUGAUAGAAUGUCAAAAGUCAGUGCAUCAUCUUGUGAAACAAAACUCAGUGACACUACUUGUAAACUGGCUACAAAAGUAAAAGCUGCUGUUGACACAGUUAAAAAGAUUGAUACGUCAUAUGACAGUAAAAUGCAAUGCAGUCCUGUAACAAAUAAUGCUACAUCUUGUGAGACAGCUGGAACAGUUAAUACCAGAUUUUGUGAUAGUUUGACAAAAGACAUUGCAUUUUCUUCUGAUAGUGUUAGAAGAUCUGAUGCAUCUUCUUUUUCCAGCAUCAUUUCUUGUGAUACUGAUAAAAAUAUUUGUGUCCAUUCUUGUGACAAAAUUUCAGGUAUUGUGCCAUCAUUUGACAAGGUGGAGGAAGAAGAAUUUAUGACCUGUGACAAAGAUAUUGUGAAUGUAAAGGACCAAGAAGCUUUGUCCGUUCAGUUUUCAGAGAGUAGAAAUCAGAAAGAGAAACUCACAGAAAUCACAUCUGAACAAAUGAAAGAUAGUAUUUUAGAAAAUAAUUCUUAUACUGAUAUAUCAUUGUCAAAUAGUCAAGAAAAUAAAGAAACUGAAGUCCUUAAAGAGAAUGAGUUUGAUAAAAUUAAGGAAGAACCAAAAAAGGUUUCUGGAGAUAUAUUGAAAGCAAGUUGUGUUCUUAAGCCUUCUUUUUGUAAGGAAAAGCAAAAUGCUAAAGAAUCCAUAGAUGUUUCCUUUUCAAAUAGAAGACAUAAAAAAGGUGAUGUUGCUAUUUAUGAUGAAAAUUUAUAUGUGGACAAAAGUAAUGUAUUAAAUUCUACUUUAAAGGUUGAGAAUAAAAUUCUUAGUCUUUCGGAUGAGUUGACAACAAGCAAGUUAGCUGCAAAGCAGUCCACUUGUCCCAGCAAAAAUUGUAUGUAUGAAAAAGAAACAAUCAUUAAAGAAUGUAGUGGUAAUGAAAUAAGUAAACAAGAGAAUUCUCCAAGGACAGAUGUUCUAAGUGUUGAAUCUUGCAAAAAUGGCAACUCUUCUGUUAGUUCCCAGAAAAAAAGAAAAAGAUGUUCAACUGAAGUACUAAAAAAAUACCCUUUGAGGAAUCGUCGUUAUCAAAAUGCUGACCUUCUCAAAUCAGAAAAGGUAGAAUCUUGUGAUAACAAUGCUUUUGCUGUUAAAAAUGAGAAGCUGUAUCAAAAUAAUAUUGAUUCUUCUAUUAAAGUAAAUAAAGAAACAAGCAGAUGCUUUGUAAAUGGGAAAAAAAAUGCACAUUGUACUGAACACACAAAACAAUUAAGUUACCCAUUAAAACGUAAGCUGAGACAUACACCAGCUCGUUUGUCUAGUUUGUACAGCAGGCUUGAUUCUAACACUGUGGAGAGGUACCUGAAAAGUCAUGAAAUUGAGUUUGAACAUAAAAUAUCCCACCCAAUAAAUGGGUUCAAAAAGCAAGCUCACCAGGAAGAGCUAAUUGUGAAUGGGAUCACUAAGGAAUUAGAUGUCAGUAAUUGUACUUAUGAAGACUACAAGACUAGUGUAGGUGUUGGUUCUGUGAAUAAGAACUUUUGUUUUGUUGAAUAUUCUGCUAAAAAGAAAAUAUUAAAAGUAUCAGAUACUAAUGACCAGAACUGUGAUAGCUUUCUAGAAAAUAACAGUUCGCAUUUAAAUGAAUUUCAGAUCCAACUUGAGAAUAAGCUCGCUAGGCUUCCUGUUGUAUCUGAACUAAACAGUGGUUCAAAAAUAAGCACUGUUCAGUCUUUUAAAAAUGAAGCUGUAGAAAGAUCAUUCACAAAACUCCCUAUAUCAUGUUCUAGUCCAAACCAGUCUACUAAAGAAUCUCAAAACGCGUCAAUAAACCAUUACUUCAGAGAAAAAGAGCAAUCUUCUUGUACAGAUCAUACCUCAGAGGUUCCUUUCCAGAACACAUCUCCAGAUCAACUCAACGAAAAAAAUGUCCAGAAAUCCCCUUUAAUAGAUUGCAGCAUAGUGAAAUCUCUUGAGAAAGCAAAUGUAAAUCAAUCUAUCGAUGAAGUUACUCAAAAAACAUCAACAGAACAGCUUGGGAUGAAAGGUUAUCAGAAAUCUUUUUGUACAGAAACCACUAACAAGGAAGUUAAGAACUUAUCCUCAGAAGAGAGAAUUGAAGAUGCUGAAUAUGAUUUGUCUUGUACAAACUACCACAUUAAAAAAUCUCUACAAACCACAUCCACAAAGCAAAACAAGAGCAAUGUUUCUCAAGGACAUUCUAACACAAAACACUCAACUGAUGAUCUACAAAACACACAUGAAGAUCAUUUGGUUAAUGAUGUUUCGAAAAGCACAUUCCCAGAUCAGAGCAUUAAGGAUAACUUCCAGAAGUUUUCUCCAAACCCACCUACUAAGGAUGUCUUGCUUAAUACAUCUAAUCCAAUCCAAAAUAUUGCAAACCCUUUGCAGGAAGCAUGUUCAGUUCUGUCUUUCAAUAAAUCUUCACCAACUGCAGUUAGCUUGAAAGUACCUGUUGAUGAAAAGUGUGUAAAUCAGGGACAUUUGAUGAAUAACCAUAAAUUAGAAGAGUCAGGGUAUGUAAUAAAUAAACAUUUUUUGCAGACUUCUAAAGAAGCUAGUGUUUCUCAAGAUGAAUUUUCAAGUAAUUCAGCACAAAAUCAUGUAAAUUUGCAAGUUAGUAGUGAGCUGCCGAGAUCCAGUGAAAAAUCUCUACUCAAUAACAUUGCCCUUUCUUCAUUAAGUAGAACCUCAUCUGCUGAGAGGAAUGAAUCUGAUCAGGAGUUUAUAAACCAGUUUAAGUCACAUGAUAAUAUUUCAAAUAACAAGAUGGAAAAUAGUAAGAAAAGUAAUACCAUAGCUGUUGAAUGUAAACCAAAAUCAAAAACAUUUAUAGGAUUAGGAGAUGUUUCACCUGGUUUAAAAAAACGAAACCGCACUCAAGAACAAAGAAAAAUCAUGCCAAAUAUUUUGUCAUCAAAGAAACAUAUUCUUCCCAAAAAACCAGCAGUAGUAGUACAAGAAGCAUGUUCGUCAGUGUUUACUCAGUCUGUGCCUAGUGAUAUUAGUCUUCCAUAUGGGCUGACAUCUGUUCAACAUCUUCAGGAAGCACCAGUAGCUAGUGGAAUAAUGGGUGUCAAUAAUAUAGUCAUGGGAACAUCGAUAAACCCUGUUGCUGUUCCUAUUGAAAACCAUAUACAACCUAGUGUUUUUUUACCAUCAGGUUCAAACUUUACAAAUAACAUGGAAAUAAGACAGGUCUCGGGAGGAACUGUUUUAGUACCUGCAGAUAAUAGCAGUUACCUUGAUGGUACUUUUUGUGGAACCCAAGUGCCAACAUUAUUAAAUGGACUGACUGCUUCGGCUUCUCCAGUUUUGAAUGUAGCACAGAAUUCACAGAUUACUUACCUUGGUUCAUUCAGCCUUCCUAAUGGUGAUUUCAACUCCUUGACCAUGAAUCUUGAAACAUUUAUUGCCCAAAAACUGAGUGUAACUCUUCCAGUCCCUCAAGUCACUAUUCCCAAUGUGUUGGUAAAUCCUGUUGUUCAGUACUCUUUCUCAGAAACUAGGUACCAGGUUCAAAACACAUUUCCUAUCAUUAAUAAUAAUCUUUCGGAAUUUUCUGGACCUUGUUCUAGUUUCCAAGCAGCUUUACCACAAACCCUGAUAUCAACACAGCAGCUACCUGUUAUACAGCAACAUCUUACUCCAGUUAACUCUGUUCCACUAAAUACUGUGAAUCUUAAUUCUCCUUUGGUUUCUACAGUUCAUCAUAACAGUCCUCUAGUUUUUACUUCUCCUCCUGAGAACAGUCAGUUGCUUACACCAACCAAUCAUACCAUUCAGCUUGUCAAUGGCUCUUGGCCAACUCAGGCAACACUCCCUACUUCCUGUUGGGGAGCUAACAUUGAGCAUACUCAAAUUUCACCAAUUUUGCAAGUGGCAGGACAGUUCAAACACUGUCAAAAUGUUGUAAAUCAGUCUUCUGAUUCUCACAUGGAUAUAGGGUUUCCAAAGACAUCAGGAACUACUAUUCAACAAGUAGAAACACAGUGUUUAUCAAAUUUAAAUGUAGAAAAUAGUUCAAAUAUUGAAAUGACCACACCAUCUUGUGAUAAGUCAGAAAAACAUAUACUGAAUAAAACAGUUCUUGACAAGGCAGCCCAACAGAUGAUAUCACUUUCUUCUCAGCUUGUAGGAAAGCAACAGCAUCAAGCUUCUACGGGUGACUUAUCCCAAAAACCUACAAAAUCGAAACUUCCUUUUUUUCGAUCACGUGUUAAAAAUUUUAGGAGUUUUCAGAAUAGUAAAUAUGAUAAGGUAAAGGAAAAAAAACUUGCCAUUUGUAGUAAGCCUAUUACAUCUAAAGAAACUGAUACUUCCAAAUCUCUGUCAGCAAUAGCUAUGAGGCUACCUGUUCAAGGAACUAGUUUUCCUGCACCUGCCAAUCACAUUCUACAGCCAAAUUAUCCAUGUUUAGGUGAAAUGGAAUGUAAUAAUUUGAACACACAGCCUUCUGUUAGUAAAGUACCAUUACCCUCACCACUGUAUAUUCCAAGGACAAAAAGCACACAUGUAAGCUGUGCAACUUUAGAACCAAAGAUGAACAAAACAGGGAAAUUUGAUCAGUCCAUAGUUGAUCUUACUGUUUUUUCUGGAACAGAAGAUGAAAAUGUUGAACCAAAUAAUAAGAAAGGUAGUUUUUCCAACCAUGUGACUAAAAUAUAUAAUGCUGAAAAUCUUAAAGCUAAAGACCCUGUUCCUGGUAAAAAAGUUGACAAAGUUACUUUGGAAAACAAUAGGACUUUUUCAUCCACCUCUUCUCAAGUGUUAAGAAAAGCCACAUCCCCAGCACACUCCAGUAAGGAAAAUUCUUCAUUAUACUCUGCCAGUUCCAGUGCUCCUGAAGUCAUAGUUCUUCCUAAGCAUAGACCAUUAGUAGAUACUGAAGGAGACCAGCAUGAAAUAGACUGUUCCAUUCUCAUGGCCUUGCAUCAGCAGGAACAGUUAAAUCUCAGCUCUGCAGAAGACAAAAAUCCUAAACAAAAUCAGCCUUUUAUUGUGUUUGAAGUCAGCAGUACUGAUGGAUUCUAUGCAAGUUCUCAUGAUCUUGAUGAAGUGUGGAAUGUUCUGUGGGAAAGAAUAGCAGAUGCUAGGGCAGCUGCUCAUCUACCACCACUGAAUCUUGACAACAUUGAUGGACUGGCUUGGAUGGGCUUAAAACAUGAAGCAGUGGUUUAUAUGUUGGAGCAGCUUCAUGGAGUAGAGGAAUGCAAUAACUACACUUUCCGUUUCCACCGUCCAGUAGGAUCAAGGGAGAAGCUUCCUGAGAAUCCAACAGGGUGUGCUCGAACAGAACCUUACAGAAACAGGAAAGAGCAUGACAUGUUCAACUUCCUUGCUUCUCAGCACCGUAGGCCUCCUAUGUUUCAUUCUGCUCAUGAUGAAGAUCUAUUCCUGAAGUCUACACGGCGAGCCACUAGUCUAGAUUUGCCAAUGGCAAUGAGGUUUAGACAUUUAAGGAGCACAACCAGAGGUGUUGUUGGAGUAUACAGGUCACGUAUCCAUGGGCGUGGACUCUUCUGCAAACGUACCAUAGAUCCUGGUGAGAUGGUUAUAGAAUAUGCUGGUGAAGUAAUAAGGCCUGUCCUAACUGACAAGAGGGAGAAGUACUAUGAAAGCAAGGGUAUUGGCUGUUACAUGUUUCGAAUUGAUGACAAUGAAGUAGUGGAUGCAACAAUGUGUGGAAAUGCUGCACGCUUUAUUAAUCAUUCAUGUGAACCCAAUUGUUAUUCAAAAGUUGUCACUGUUGAUGGAAAAAAGCAUAUUGUGAUCUUUGCUCUAAGGAGGAUAAACAAAGGAGAGGAGCUAACUUAUGACUAUAAAUUCCCAUUUGAAGAUGUGAAGAUUCCCUGUACUUGCGGCUCAAGAAGAUGUCGCAAAUAUUUGAAUUAAAUUUGCAUCUAAUAGGUCCACCACAGCAUGUUGUGAGCAGGGUUAAGCUUAUUAACAUAAAGAAAAUUUUGAAAAGUAUGUUACCAUCAUUUUCAUAUGAUUUUAUUCAUGUGUAGGUUAAUUUUACAGAAAUGUCUGCUUAUAAAAUUUGAACUUUUUGAUUGUUCUGACAUGACUCUGUGCCACCUAUUGCCUCACAGCCAGCUGAAAUGGAGCACUCUACACGAGGGAAGUUUGUGCUCAGAGUCAAAAGUUUGUUUUAUAUAAAAAAAUCAAUUGUAAUGUUUUAUGUGUUAGAUAGUUUACAUAUAACAUUUAUGUGCUAUAUGUAUGUUAUAAAAAAGACAAAUCUAAUCUCUCAGAAUAAUUUGUAUAUACUAUUUUAUUUCAUGUAACAGAUCAGAAUAGCUUUUAUGGAUAGUCGUAUCAAUUGAGAAAAACAGAAAUACAGCAAUGAUCUAUUCAGUCUUUAAUGCUUCAAGUACCUCUUAUUGAUUAUUGUAUUUAGAAUACAUAUUAAAUAGUUUUUUUAAAACUUUAUGUGAUAAUUAUAUUUUAAGUAGAAAAAAAUUAUGUACUUCAUUGUUCUUGUGUUAGUGUCAUUGAAUAGAUUGGUUGGUGGUCUCAUUGAUUACCAGGAAGUACAUUUAAGAAUGGUGCUUUAGAACAUUGUAACUUUUACAUAAAUGAUGUUUGUAUAUAAAAUUUGAGAGCUAAAAUUAAAUGAACAUAUUGUCAUAAUAUAUAUCAAAGGUUUUCUUAACAUCUUCAAGUUGCAAACCUUCCUUAUUGAUUUCAGAAGCAAGGACUUAUUCAGAAUUUCAGGGAAAUUCCUCAAACCUGCCAAGAGCUGGUCACUUUUUGCAUAUUUAAUAUUUUUGCACCACGUAUUGGCAGGUAACGUGGCAGCAAGAAGUCCAUAAAGUUCAUCAAUAAAGGUAGCAGUUAGAUUGUGAAAGUUUGUAAGUGCAACUUCAUUGAGUUAAUUUGUGUGAUUAGCAGAAAGUUUUCUUGGAAACAUGUUGAAUCGUCCACCUAGUAUAACCAUAUUUCAUUGCUAAAGAUUCACUAUCUUUGUACAAAUAGGCAAAUGUGCCACAUUUCUUUCUUGAAACAUCAUUACGAGCAUAUCAUUAUGUAAGCUGAUAGCUUAAGAAUGUGUAAAUGGAAAUUCCUAAUGAUAUUUGAAGUAACUGACUCACAGAGAUUUUGAUUGGAACAAGUUAUUGACAUUGUAGUGAAAGUCAAGAUAGGUGUGCCAAUCCAACUUUGUAACUGACACAACAAUGUGUUUCUUAAAUGUGUUUUUUGUUGGUGCUGAGGUUAAAAAAAGUUAAUACAACUGAAAUUAGAGGCCUUUACAUAAAGAUUGUUUUUAAAUGUUUUUAGAAAUUUCCAAAAAGGAAAAAAAAUGCUGUGAUUUCCAAAUUUUGCAAUGAUUCACAUUUUUGAAUAGUAGUCUAGCAGAAUUAAGUCCCUUAGAUCUAUACUAGAGAAUUGAAUAAUAUUAAUAGCUGAUGUUGUAAUUGGUAAUGACAGCUUUUAUUGAUCAUAUUCAAUGUCAAUUUUAAAAUGCCUUUGAGUGUCCAAAGUACCCAUCACCAAAAAAAUAAUAAUAAUGAUUUUUUAUGUUCUUUGUUUUAAUAAGAUUACUGAAUAAUAUCAUUUUGACAACCAUUGCUUUCCAAUCUUGAGAAUUUCAAGUUCAUAACAUGAACAGCCUCAUAAAACACUGUACAAUGAUACUGUUGUAUUCAGUAAUCAUUCCUUGAUGGUCAUAAAAGUAAGUCAUUUCAAAAUGCAUGUCCAGAAUUUGAAGAUGGCUUUACAAUUCUUGCUAGGAAAUCAGAAUUACAUGCAUUUGUAGUUAAUUGUGAUUUUACAUUUUAAUUCCAUUCCUUCACUUAGUUAUUGCAUAGUAAUUUUCAUUUACAAUGUUAGCAUGAAUCCUUAUGAGGUUUAUUUCUGUAAUUAAGAUUAGUAUAACAACUAAAACAAUUAAAAAUUGCUUUUAUCCAUGUAUCUGGAGUAAAAAGUAUAGCAAUGGUCAUUUGAAUAAAUACAUUUGACUUAUUUUGUACCAAAAAUUCAGUAUAUGGUAUUUGUCUUUUAGUAAUAUUUUAACCAUUAUAAUAAUUCCAGUAAUAGAGUAAUUUGUACAUUGUGUAAAUCAAUUUUUUUUUCACCUCUGUUUUGUAAUUAUUUUCAAGGGACUACAAUUAGUUGUUUAGUAUAUCCAUUUUGUAUGAAAUAGUUUCUUAAAAAUUAAUCAUGCUAGUGUAAACAGUUAAACUGUUGUCUCUGUAACAUGUAGGUUUUUGAUGUCUAAUGUUAAAAAAUGCAAAAGUAUAUAGAAGCAAGCUGCUUUAAGUAACAGAAUGAUAGUAAAAUUACAGAAAUCACACUUAUUAACAGAAGUUUCAGAUCCACUUAUUAUUAGGUUAUUUUAUCUGAAUGAUUUUGUGAAUGUGAGGAAGAUUAUAGCAGUAGGUGAAAUCUAUAGUUAAUUACUACUUUAUUAGUUUAUCUAAAGUUAAAAUGUGCUCAAAUAUAGAUAACAAUCUUAAAUAAUUUGUUUUCUAAAUUAAAAUAUAUAUAUAUAUUGAUUGGGGAAUUGUGAAUCCAAGUUAGUGAUUUUAAAGUUUUUGAUACAUUAAACAUUGGAGGUUUAAAAAUCUUAUUUGGUAUAACAAUCACAAAUAGAACAACCGUAUUCGGGUGGUUUUCUAUAUUUGAUUCAACUUGUGUCAUGUUGACUUAAAAGGUCAUUUUGUCUUUCACAGCAAUUGAUGUGAUGCACUUAUUUUUCUAACAAAAAAGUGCCUUUUUUACUCAUUACUAGAAAAAGAAAACCAUAAUGGGAUUUGGCUUAAUUUUGUAUAGUUGUCUAAUCUUAAAUCUCUCAUGGUUUUGAUGACACAGUAUGAAAUUGUGAGACCUAAAUUUGUUCUCAUGGCAUCAAAGAUGUCUUGUGUAAUGUCUACCAUUAAAAGUAUGAGAAUAGUAACUAUCCCAAUAAUCUUCUUGUAAAAAUAGAAUUAAAAAGGUAUAAUUUGAGAGCUAUGUUUAAAAAAUGGAUCUUUAACAGAAGAUAUAUUAUACUGGAUAAAGUUGUAGAUAUUUCGUAAAAAAAAAGUGUAGGAAAAAUAUCAGUUGUAGAGCAUUUGAGUUUAUUAUGGCACUGGUCUAUUUUAAGCAGUUUUCAAUAUUAUAUGAUUGCUUUAGGCAUUCACUUUUUUGUAAGUGUAUUUCAAUUAAUCCAGUUAGAGUAAUUUAAGUGAACUUUCUCAGUAUUCAUAUGUAAAAGUCAAUCGGUGAAUAAGCUUUUAAUCCAAUAAAAAUUUAAGCUUGCUAUAUGUUGAUUUAGAAGCACCAAUGGAAAAUAUUUUUUUACAGCCCUAUUUACUUUAAUUUUUUUCAUAUUUGAAAUUUAGCUUCUACAUUCAAAAUACAAAAUAUUUUAAUCUUUUCUUUAUAUUGAACGUUAGCUACAAGAACAGUAUUUGACUGCUUAUAUGAUGAAGUUUAUACUUCAUCUAGAGAAGCAUUAUAAGAUGUUAUAUAACUGUAGCCAGUUUGAAUCUUUAAUUUUUUUUUUUAAUUCUUGGUAUUUUACUCUUUGGUGUACGGUUAUUAUCAAUUUUGAUGGUGUUUUCUUGGAGAUUUAGAUAACCCCAAAAAUUGUUAUAUUCUGUGAGAAUACAGUAGUUCGGCCCUUUGUGUAUGAGAAGAAAUCUAAAAGGUGAUAAAAACAUUCUUAAUGAUUAAUUACUGGAAGCAGUUUUAAAUAAUUUUUGAAUCAUAAACCUGAGAACUAAGCAUUUCUUAUUGAAAGCUGCAAAGAUUUAGUGUUGUUGGUUGCUGAAAUAUUUUUGACAUUACGUGUCAUAUCUUACCAGUAAAACUGUGUGACCAGUAUUCCUGCUGUAUAAUAUCACACGUGCAGCUUCUCAGACAUAUGGGUACAUUGCUAAAACUACCCAUUAACAGUAUCACAUUUUCUUUAAUAUGAUAACUGAGUUAAAUCAAACAGCACUAAUCUUGCAUGAAAGUGAGAUGUUAUUGUCAUACAGCAUACCUGAGAUGACUGUUGCAGAAAUAUAGCAUAGAUCACAUAACUAUCCACUCGAAUAGGCGGAUACUAACAACAUUGCCGAACAUGAUUUUGUUCUGAAAUAACUAAAUGAGAAACUUAACAUUAAUCAUAAAAGCUUCCACUUGAGUGUCAAUACACAUGCAAUUUUCUGAAAAAUGAUUACACACGUGACUUAAGAUACAGUACUAGAGACAGCAUUAGGAACACAACUUCCUGUCCAAGCACAUAAUGACCUUCUUAAAUGACUUAGACACAGCAUCAUUCACACAUCUGCAUACCAGUAUGUAAAGAAUAACUUCAUAAAUAUUAGAAAAUGGUCCACUCAGAAUUUUGUUGCUUAAAAGUGUAUUACAUCAUCUUUGUAUUCAUAAAAAUGGAAGAAUUUGUAUAGUUGUUUAUUAGCAUGAGAUUGUUACAGCUAAAACUAACUACUGAGAAUAAAAUAUAUUACUAUAAUACUAGAAUUAUGUAGUUUCUUGAUGUUUAGUCUAUUCUAGUUUGUAAAAUGUCUGCAAUAUUAAAAAAAAUCGAUUGUUUUAAAUUGUAAAUACUAUAGAAUGAAGUUUAGAAGUGAAUGACCAUAAGAAAUAGUAGUGGCGCUAUGGUACCCAUUAUAUUUCAUUCUGUGAUGUUUUUGUAAACUGAACAUCCUUGUUUUGAAUGUUUUGUUGUUCUCCUACUGUCAUUAUGUACAUAAUCAUAGUUGAAAUAAAAGUAAUAAAGGUUUUAUCUUUUCAGAAAAAUAA